AUGAACAUCGUCGAUUAUUCUUGGCAAUCAGUUCUUCUGGAUUAUCCGAGGAAUUAUUUGAACAGUGAUAUUGAUUCUUCGUUUGUGGAGAAUCAUCAGUACAAUCAAGUGGUGGAUAAUUUUGAUGCAAAUUAUAUCAUGGAUGGUACACCAUUUGAUGAUUCAAUAUUUUCGGAUUUUGGCGGUGGUGGUGGUGGUGGUGGAGGCGUCAGAAGUGCUACCGGUGUUCAUUCAAUUCAAGUAAUGCUUGGUCUUCAUGGUACUCAUCAUCCAGCUGAUUUAAUACCACCUGGUGGACAUUUACAUAAAUUAGAUACAUCUGAAUCAUCACCAACUUCUCAUCAUCAAAAUUCUCAUCAUCUUCAACAACAAGUACAGCAACAAGUUCAACAACAACAACAACAACAACAGCAACAGCAGCAACAACAACAACAAAAAGAAUUAAAAGAAAUGGAAUUAGCUGGAAUGUAUGCACCAAUGUCACAAACACAAGAUGUUACAACAUCAACAUCAACUGUUGUUACACCAACAUCAACGUCAUUGCAACAAAAUUUACAAAUGGUCAAUCAAUUGAAAAGAAAAACUGACGAUACAAUUAAUUCAAUGACUCAAGCCAACGAGACUCAACCAGCCAAAAAAGAUUCAAAAAAAAAGACAGAUAACAAUGGAAUUAAAAAGAAAAAAACAAGAACAACAUUUACUGCAUAUCAAUUGGAAGAACUUGAAAGAGCAUUUGAACGUGCACCAUAUCCAGAUGUAUUUGCCAGAGAAGAAUUGGCAUUAAAACUUGCACUAUCAGAAUCACGUGUUCAAGUAUGGUUUCAAAAUCGUCGUGCUAAAUGGAGAAAACGUGAACCACCACGUAAAACAGCUGGUUAUAUGACAGGUGGUUCACCAAGUCCAGGUUUAACUGGUUCAUUUACAUCAUUAAAUAAUAGUUUAAAUCCAUUUGCAACAUCAACAAGUGUUGCAGCAUCAACACCACCAGAUGCAUGGGCAUAUUCACCAGCUUAUGAUUUAGCACCACAUUUAAAUUUAUUAAGUCCAUCAAGUUCACCAUAUUCAAGUACAUUUGGUGGUGCAUCAAAUAAUGGCUCAUAUUCAUAUGCAACAAUGUUACCACAACAUGAUACAUCAUUAUUUUCAACAUCUGGUCAAAAUACAAUGCGUGUACAUCAAGAUUACAUGACAACAAGUAACAAUAAUAAUUCACCACCACCACCAUUACCAUUACCACCACCACCUUCAUCAUCAUCAUCAUCACAAAGUGCCUUAACACGUGCUGAUUAUCAAAAUAUGAUUUCAGCACAUUCACCACAAUCACAUACAAAUCAUCUUGUUGUUGUUGGAGGUGGUGGUGGUGGUAACAGUGGUGGUGGUAGUAGUAGUGGUGGCGGUGGUGGUGGUCCAACAAAUAAUAGCAUGUCUGAAGAUGAACAUGCUCGAAAUAAAGGACAACUUGAUUAUGUUGCUGGACUUAGUCCACCUGAUAAAUAUCAUCAUGAUCAAGAUUAUCAAACACAUCAACAACAAGACACGGGUAUUCAUCAAAAAAAUGAUUAUGGCAUGCAUUCACCACCACCAUCAGUUAGAUCAAUAAAAGAUCAGGUACUUGUUAAAAGUGAACCAACUGAACACCAAAAUUACGUUCAACUUCCACCUUUUUUGAAUUAACUCGGACCCUCGUUAAGCGAGCAACAUAUUAUUAGCUAUUAAUUAUUAUGCAAUAACGUCGUGCCUUUGAUAUUUUAUAUAUAAUCAAACAAUUCAUCAAUUCAUUCAUACAUUUAUUCAUUUAUUCAUUAGAUAAUAUUUUUUCUAGUUUUAGUUUUUAAAAUAAAAAUAUAUUAAUUUGGCAAUAAACCAAAGAAAUGAAUUAUCUCAUCAUUGAUUCAACAUUUUCUAGACGUUAUUGUUUAUUAUUUUUUUUUUUUUUAAAUCUAUUAUGCGAAUUAUUGUUAUUAUGAUUAUUAUUAUUAUUAAUAUUAUUUUUAAACGCAAUUUAAAAAAAAAAAAUAAAGUGUAAUUUUAAGUUUAAAAAAAGUGUGUGUUUGAUACAAGUUUUGAUAAUUAUUAAUAAUAAUGAUAAUUUUAUAAAUAUAUAGAAAAAAAUUAUUGAUGAAAUUAAAAUAAUAAUUUGAGGAUUGUCCGAGCAUAUUUAAUGUUAAUUAUCAAUUUUUAUUUGUAUUAAUAAAUAAAAAAUUAUUUACCUCGU